AUGGUGAACUGGGGAAUCAUAUCCUAUUGUUCAGAAUUUGCGAAAAACCUCCUCAUCGACCCAUCAACAAGGGGCGUCCAUGAUGUCACCCACAACCUAGCCGCCGUCGCAUCCUCGACCUCAUUGCAAAAGGCACAGGACUUCCUCUCGGCCAUCAAUGCACCGCCCAAUACAACCGCUUACGGGUCCUACGAGCUCCUCCUCGCAGACCCUACUGUUGAAAUUGUCUACAUCUCCACACCGCACUCGCACCAUUUUCAGAAUGCCCGCGCUGCCUUACUCGCAGGAAAGCACGUCUUGCUUGAGAAGGCCUUCACGGUUAAUGCAGCCCAGGCGUGCGCUCUAGUUCAGCUCGCUCGGGGGAAGAGACUGUUCCUGAUGGAGGCAAUGUGGACCCGUUUCUUCCCACUCAUGCAGUAUGUAAGGCAACUCAUCAAAGAUGGGGCAAUUGGAGUUGUGCAGCGUGUGGUUGCGGACCGAAAUUUAGGGAGAGAUGUUGAGACGCUCUACGGAAUGGAGCAUCGAUUGGUGAAUCCUGCCCUGGCGGGUGGCGCUUUGCUCGAUUUGGCUAUAUACCCCCUAACAUGGAUCUUUCAGAUCCUCUAUCAUGAUGGUCCACUGGGCUCUGGUACUGUCAGGCCACCACCACACAUUUCUAGCUCCCUAGUCAAAUACACACCAACAGGGGUAGAUGAGACCGCUACUGUGAUUGUCACUUUUCCAGAAAGUAAAACGCAGGGUAUAGCGACAGCGAGUCUUCGGGUCACUUCAGACCCAACAGAUCCCGGGGUCCGUAUCCUAGGGGAUAAAGGCCAGAUACAGAUUCUUGGACCUGCUGCGCGGCCCUUGAGUAUUGCAGUUGUUGCGUAUGGGGAAGGAAGUCCGAAGAUAGUGGAGAGGAAGGAUUUUAAAAUUCCAGUUGGACAUGGAUUGUUCUGGGAGGCGGAUGCCUGUGCUCGGUACUUGGCUAAGGGGAAUACCGAGUCAGAUCUCAUGCCGCUGGAUGAGACACUAUUAAUUAUGGACGUGAUGGAUAGGGUACGAGAGGAAAAUGGGUUGAGGUAUCCGGCUGACGUCGAGGCACACUAA